AAAAUUGUGGCCGAAUGUGUGGUUGUGUUGAGAAAGUUGCUGCAGAUGCAGAGUUCCGAUCACAAAGAGAUCAUUAUUCGGAUUGCUCAACUCACGGACACCAUGACUGUCCCAUCUGCGUUAGCAUCUAUCCUAUGGUUACUCGGCGAGUACAGCCAUCGUUUGCCCAAAAUCGCUCCAGAUGUGUUACGCAAAAUGGCUAAGACUUUCAUCAAUCAGGAACCGGUGGUAAAGCUUCAGAUACUGAAUUUGGCGGCAAAGUUAGCCAUUGUUAAUCCAAAACAGACUCAUCUGCUGGCCCAGUAUGUGUUCACUUUGGCGCGCUAUGACCAAAGCUACGACAUCCGUGAUCGAUCUCGACUUUUGCGUGCACUUAUUUUUCCCCAAUCAAUCCAGGAGAACAACGUCGGUGAGGCGGGAGCGACCAUGGAACCGCCCGAGUCCAAACCUUUUGUGCCGGGCUACCUGGCUAAGCAUGCCCGGAAAAUCUGCCUCGCGGUUAAACCAGCUCCGGUUCUUCAGUUUCAGUCCAAAGAUCGGUCUACUUUCGCGUUGGGCUCUCUGUCUCACUUGUUAAACCAUUGCGUUCAUGGAUACCAAGACCUGCCGGAUUGGCCAGUGGUACCACCAAAUCCAUGGUCCCGCGUCGUGCAGAGUAGCAGCACUCCGGCAGUCAGUUCCGGCUCUCCGGCCUCGUCUGUUGUGGAUCGGACUGGCGAUUCACGUUCGGGGCAACCGAAAUCCUUGAAAGAUUUCUUUUCGGAUUCAGAAGAGAGUGAAGGUGUAGAAGACGGGGAUGAUUGCCAGGAGGAUGAGCUUGAUGAUGAUGAAGAAAAAGAAGAAGAAAUGAAUGAGGGCAACUACGCCUCCGAUGAAGAUCAAGAGGAGACCAAUCCACAGAGCAAAACGCAGCAGCAGCAAAGAGCUCAACUUUGGGAUGAACAUUCCGAGGAUGAGGAAGUCCAGUCCGACCUGAUCGAGAUGGAACCAAAUUCAGCCAGCAGCAGUUCAGAUUCAGAAUUCGCUCUCGGUCCAUUGCAACAACUGAUUCGGGAAACGAAGAAACCAACUCCUUCUGUCCCCGACGCCAGUCUGGAAAACGAUUCAACCGAAGCUCGCUCAGCCUCUCCGGUAACGACAGAACCUUCGGAUUCCGAGGAGCGUACAUUUUCUAGUGCUGCUUUAAUCGCACCCAAACCGGGGUCAUUGGUGCGCUCUUUGUUACAGGUGGCUGUGUCUGCUGAAACGGAGUCUGACACGGAGGAUACUGAGGGCGAAGAGGAUGAGGAUUUACGCAAUCUGGUACUCCCAGACAGAACAGUUGCUAAAAAGCACGUUCUACCAAUUCACUUAAAGGUCGAUUCUGGAGUUGCUCCAAACCAACUGGUCCAGUGCUCCAAUCUGACGGCAGCACCACCCAAGGACUUGAAGUCAUCUAAAUCCCGUCAGCUAGUUCUGGAUGACCUCGAAAAGGCUUCAGGCACAGGUCUUUCCGAGAGCCAGGCUGAAAUCGCGAAGCUUGUUGUUCCGAAAUUCGGUAUGAUAUAUGAUCGAAAGCUGAACAACUGCGGGAAAUUGGGAGACACACAGAAGACAAGCAUUAUUUCCGAAUCACCCAGUAUCGCCAUUGAACCUGCACUGAUCCCGCACCUGAUCGAUACAACUCCGACACCGUUGCCUACUUUGGAUCACUGUUACAUCCAGAACGGAAGUGAUACUGAGGUUGCUCCUGUUUCGCCCAUUCGGUCCAUUCCCUUCCCGAUCUCUUACCAGUUCACUCGUAUCGUGCACAAAUCCAAUUCGAAUCUGGUCGUGCUCAUGCUAAAGUUCAAGGUCCUCAGUGAGGACAGUUCGCUUAGUCUAACCGAUGUGCAUCUGGAUUUGAGAAGCACCGUUAUUGGGCGUUUGCUGUUGGAUGCGAACCGUAUUGAACCCUUUGAUCCAAUCGAAUGUCUGUCCGCUCAGUCCGAAUAUUGUUGCACGCUGGGAAUUGAUUUCGCCGGAUUUUUCGACUCUAUAGAUAUCAACUUAGUCUAUCACUUGGGCUCAAAACGCUCCGAUAACAUGGUCAGUUUGCCCCUCUCAAUUGCCCCACCACCGGGCGAACUAAUUCGACCAAACACACUGAUGAAUGACUUGGAGUACUCCAAAGUAAAAGGCAUUCUGAUCCAGUCGGUCCUUCAAGCCGCAAACGUGCAUUAUCGUGGUGCUUUUCUCUGUCCCAAUCCGUCCACGUCGAGCCCGGUGGGUCGUCAUACCGCUCCACCGGAUGGAUAUCGGUCCGAGUCGUCGUCCCUGUUGUUCCAGUUCAAUGCUUUAACAAUUUCCGAGAACCAUCCCUGUUUGUUUGAAAUACAAUUGAUAGGCGCUCCGUGGAAUCCAUCGCACUGCCAAGGCGACAACACACACAGUCCCACAUCAGCUCUAGGUGCAGCCGAAAUAGUAGGUGCGUCAGCAAACGCCACUGGGGAAGGACAGCUGAUUCUAACCGUCUAUUGUCCGAUGGAUCGUAUUCGGACGGCACUGUGUAACCAGCUGGAAGUUGCGCUUUGUGAAACUAUCGUUUCCUCUGGACAGACACCUGGUUGA